UUUCCUGCUGCAGCCUCACGUUGUUUCCUCCGCGUCAGAAAAUCUGAGAAAAACACAAACCGAGAAAAAGCGAGAAACUCACGAAGACGCGAAGAUGCCGAAAGCGAAGCAGGCGGGAAAGAGGAAGAAGUUCGACUACAACGCGAACCGGAAGAAGAUGAAGAAGAAGUUCAUCAAGAAGUGCAACCCGACCAUAGACGAUCGACAGAUCCGAAACGCGUGGGACGAUAAGAAGUCCGUCUCCAGGAACCUGCAGGACAUGGGUUUGGCCUUCGACCCGAACCGGUCGCUGCCGCUUCAGAAGCCGAGCCUCAUCGGUCGAGACAGAGAGACCAGAGCUCCCGUCAGCGUGGUCACCAAACCCUACGUCCUCAACCAACUGGAGGAGCAGGCGAAUCGUCCCGAGAAAAGCGUGAAGACGUUAUCGUCCGACCUCAUCGAGUACGUCCAGUACAUGGUCCGAGAACACAAGGACAACUUCAAGGCGAUGGCCCGAGACGAGAAGAACUACUACCAGGACACGCCCAAGCAGAUCAAGAGGAAGAUCAACGAGUACCAGCGCUGCCACUCGCAGCACUACGACGCCUUCGUCCGCUCGCUGGCCGCACCUCAGCCCACGGCCCAGUAGGGGGCGCGUGCACCCUGUUCUGGACUUGAAAUCUCUCUCUGCAUCCGGACGAGUCGGGAAUCGAACCGUGUCCGAGUGCAGACGGAACAUUCAGACUGAGACGGAUCCACAGACGAGGACAGUGGGGGGGAAAGACGUUUCUCUUCCUGUGUUUUUAGUUUUUCUUCCUCUUUACAGGAACUUUCUCUCAACUCUGUGCUCUGAAUGUUAAACGUGGUCGAGAUAUAUUUAAUGUAUCUUCAGCUGAUUCCUUCUCCUUUUUAUCAAACUGUUACAGGACAGGUUUCAGAUCUGCUGAGGAAUCAGAGUUUGAACAGCAACAGUGAAUAUUUCUGUUGAAAACUUCUCCGGAUAAAAAACAGAAAAUGUCAAAACAGUUAAACAGGUUUGUUUGUGUGAAUGAGUUCUGAACGUCCCUGGUUGAAGUAAUGUGCUUUAGAGAAUAAGAAAACUCAUUCUACCCAAAUAUUAAACAUCGUUUUUACAAAAUGAAAA